AUGUCCGACACCCAAGAAUCAGGUACUGGCCAACCAGUCGUCUCCAGCACCAGCGCUGACAAUGUUGACGAGUUCAAGAUCAUCCAGCGCGCCGGCAACUUCGCCAGAGAUGCGCACUUCCGGCUCCGACCCGAGAUCUGGGAUAUUCCCAUCACGAAGAUCGACUAUCUGCAGCAUUUCGUCGCUGUACAUCGCGGCUCUCCCUUGAAAUCCCUCCAGACUAGUGUCUUUUUCCCGUUUCCGAACCACUUGCUGCAAGAUGACCCUGCGGGGAACGCAGGACUUAUGGCAUACUACGGAAACAAAGAGGCGCUUGCUUUCUUUGAGUCAUUCUUUCUGGUCCUCGUCUCAGGAGUGAAGUUUGAGAUCGAAGAAGUAAAGGUUUCUAUCAAGAUCCCCCGGCCUCGUGAGGUCUUCUUCGCACUCUUCGGUGGAAACAUUCUGUUCAACCGCACCGAUCAUAUCAUUCUGCGUCUAACCUCCGAGGCAACUGGCAAAGUCUUCGCUGUUGACUUGACCGGAGCACAGUACGGAAUCUACGAGAUCGCUCACGAAUGGGACAAAUACGUGGAGAGCUUCGUCAAAGACGUAGGACCUUCCUUGCCAGUUGGAACUAUGAAUCAAUACGGCCACGCCAUGGCCGAGACCCUUGGUGAAUCCGGCCUCACGUACCGGGUAGGCAUGACGGCUAGUGUGCUUUUCAGGGUGGCCAUGCAGAACCGGGCAGACGCUAGAGGCGUCGACAUGAAGGCAUUGGUCAUGCUCAGCAAUGUCGAGUUCAAGAGACACAAGCAAGCAAUGCUCUCGGCGGCAACAACGGCCGUAUCGCAGUACAUGAGCCAGGCGAACUUCCGAGAUGCUGAAAGAGCUGCCAUAGAGGUCAAUGUCAUUGCUCCUUGGUAUGAAGACAGAACGAUGAGAGAACACAACGUGAGGUUCACUGGACCCGACCUCCCGGCCCAGCACGAUCCUUACAUGGCGCAAGAGGCUAACAUGGAACAAGAGCCUGACAUGGACGAAAAUUAUGAUAUGCAGGACGAGCCUGAUAUGCAGGAAGAGCCUGAUAUGCAGGAAGAGCCUGGCAUGGACCAAGAGCCUGGCAUGGACCAAGAGCCUGGCAUGGACCAAGAGCCUGGCAUGGACCAAGAGCCUGGCAUGGACCAAGAGCCCGGCAUGGACGUGCUGGUGGGAAUGGAGAUGGAAGAGUAAGAAUCAGUUUGAUCGUCCCCAUCCACCAUCACUGGCUUUCAGCCAAAGACUGCAGCG